AGUUAUGCAUUAUCCGACAAAAUAUUGGAAAAGCGUGAAAUUUCAAGCCUUUCAAAUAUCGCCAAAAUUGAUGAAGUUGAAGGUAGCGGUGUUCCACUCUUAUCAUCCAACAAGCAGAAAAGUGAUGGAGCAGGAGCGGAUAUAGAAUGGGAUGGAUCGGGUGUAAGUCCGGAUGAUGAAGAUGGUGAUGUUGUCGAAGGUUCUGGAGCUCAUAUCGAUGAUAUUAGCGGUUCAGAUAAUUUACCUAUAACUAGCGCUACUUCUGUAUAUCCAUCAAAUACAACUCGAACAAGUACUCAGUAUUCUUCGUUCGAUAUUCAUGAAUUGGGACUUGAACCGGAUGAAGAUGUAGCAAUUGAAGAGAUCCCAGCAGCUACAGUAACUAGCAUAACAGUACAAUCCUGGACAACAACAUCCAGAAGGCCAUUACUACCGUUAACACCAUUAAUCACAAAACAAACAGCACCACCAACUGUAUUCGAAGAGAAGCAUAACAUUCCAUUUGACACUUUGCUCAGGCCUGGUGUUCUAGCUGCCUUAAUCGGUGGCAUUGUGGUUGGUAUUUUGGCAUCAAUUUUGUUGGUAAUGUUUGUCGUGUAUCGGAUGCGAAAGAAAGAUGAAGGGAGUUAUGCUCUCGAUGAACCCAAACAACCGCCACAUUAUUCAUAUGCCUAUCAAAAAGCACCAACGAAAGAAUUUUAUGCCUAA